GGAACCACACACACCACCAUAAGCAGAAAAUACAGAGUGAAGUUCAGAGUUAGAGAGCAAGCAAUUAAUACAGAGAGAAAGAAAAGAGUGUGAAGUUCACAGCUAGAGAGAAACCACACACAAACACCAGCAUAUAAGCAGAACAUAGAGUGUGAAGUUCACAGCUAGAGAGAAAGCAAUACAGAGAGAAAGAAAACAGAAUCAGAUAUUCAGAUUUCAGAGGCAGCCAUGAAGGACAUGAUUCUUGAAUCCCUUUUACAAGCAGCAUUCAAAGAGUACUUGCAUAAGGAGGUCCCAAAAAUCAACAAACCCUCUAGAGAAGAAGAGAAAAAUGGGGAAAUGCAAGAGAAUGAAGGACAUAUGAACCUCGACAUUACUAAGUGCUUCGGGGAGACACGGGCCAAUUUGUCUAAAAUCAUUGCCAACUAUGUGGUGAUGUUAAACCAAAACAAAUCGCGUUGUUUAGGCUUCCCUGUUAAUCUGGAUUUUGACUAUGACGCAUUGACACCGUUGUUACAAUAUCACUUAAAUAAUGCUGGUGAUCCAUUUCUCGGGAGCGGCUAUGGACAAAAUUCAGCAGAAUUUGAAGUUUGUGUGCUCGAUUGGUUUGCCAAACUAUGGCAAAUGGAGAAGGGUGAAUAUUGGGGAUAUGUUACAACAGGUGGGACUGAAGGAAACUUACAUGGAAUUUUAAUGGGGAGGGAAAAAUUUCAAAACGGGAUUCUAUAUACCUCAGAGAACUCUCAUUACUCAUUAUUCAAAAUUGUAAUGAUGUACAGAAUGCAAUGUGUUAAGGUCAACACGUUGGUCUCGGGUGAGAUUGAUUGUGCUCAUUUCAAGACGUUACUUCUAUCUCACAAGGACAAACCAGCCAUCAUCAACCUAAACAUAGGAACAACUAUGAAAGGAGCAAUUGAUGACAUUGAUCUAGUAAUACAAACAUUAGAGGAAUGUGGCUUCCCUCGUGAUCGGUUCUACAUUCAUUGUGAUGGAGCUCUAUCCGGAAUAAUGUUGCCGUUUCUUAAACAAGCUCCGAUGAUUAAUUUCAAGAAGCCCAUUGGAAGUAUAUCUAUUUCUGGUCAUAAGUUCUUGGGUUGCCCAAUUCCUUGUGGUGUUAUAUUAACACGUUCAGAAAACGUCAAUGCUCUAUCUAGAGAUGUUGAAUACAUUGAAUCAAGGGAUGUUACAAUCACAGGUAGUCGAUGUGGUCUUGCAGCAAUCUACCUCUGGUAUGCUCUCCAAGAAAGAGGUUUAAUCGGACUUAAGAGAGAAACUCAAAUAUGCAUCACAAAUGCAAGUCACUUACUUGAUAAACUACAUGAUAAUGGUAUUGGUGCAAUGCGAAAUGAGUUUAGUAAUACUGUUAUAUUUGAAAGGCCUCUAGAUGAUGACUUUGUCCGAAAGUGGAAUUUGUCUUGUGAAGGAAAUGUUGCACAUGUGGUUGUGAUGCAGCAUGUCACCAUUGAGAUGCUAGACUCAUUUGUUAGUGAACUUGUUAACAAACGGAAAGUUUGGUUUCAAGAUGGACAAAGAAAGUCUCCGUGCAUUGCGAACAGCGUUGGUGGAAACAAUUGUGCUUGUGGAUUGCAUAAUUCAUUUUGAGGGAAGGGGGAAUGCUCUUAACAACAUAAAUGUGAACCAUGUAAUUACCAAUUUGGAUGUAGUCAUCAAUCAUUACUCAAUUUUUUUUACUGAGAUUCAUAAUUUUUUUAAGCAAAAGAAAAUUAUAAUUUCAUAAUCUUUAUUGUCGAGUUCCAUGUAAAAUCUCAUAAUUUUGUUUCAUGUAUCAUCUCAAAAUUUUGUUUCUCAAGAGUAGUAGAGGUUUUGCUUGUUCAUUCAA